CACGAAUUCAUGGGUCAAGCAUCUCUACCCCAAGUCCUAAGAUAAGCCAGCUAACCAACUCACGGCCCAAACUCUGAGCCCAAUUCAACCAUAAGUCAGAUAAAUUUCUGUCCUUGUUUCUAAUUCUUUCCUUGCCCAAAAUUUUCGAUCGAAAUCAGUUUCCGCCAUAGCUACCAAGUUCGUUCUCUAAUUUACUCUAGUCUCUAGCUUUACUGAUUGGGGGAGCGUCAGGUGCAUGUUGGAGGUGAGUUUUGACAUUUGAAGAUCGGUGUUUAGAAACGGAAAAAGGAGUUGUUGAAGAUGAGUUCACGCAGCAGGAGCAGAAGCCGUAGCCGUAGCCGUAGCAGAAGCAGGAGCAGGAGUCCACAAGAUCGUAGAAUGCGAUCUCAGCGCAAUUCUUUUCGUGAUGCUCCAUAUAGGAGAGAUGCUCGUCGGGGUUUCAGCCAAAACAAUCUCUGUAACAACUGCAAGCAGCCUGGCCACUUUGCUAGAGAGUGCACUAAUGUUGCUGUUUGCAACAACUGCGGGCUUCCUGGGCAUAUUGCAGCUGAGUGCACCACAAAAUCUUUAUGCUGGAACUGUCGGGAACCUGGACAUAUGGCCAGCAACUGCUCAAAUGAAGGUAUCUGCCAUGCAUGCGGCAAAGCUGGUCACCGUGCUAGAGAAUGCCCCAACCCUGAACUUCCUCCUGGGGACUUGAGACUCUGCAACAAUUGCUUCAAGCAGGGACAUAUGGCAGCUGAAUGCACAAACGACAAGGCAUGCAAAAAUUGUCGGAAGACUGGACAUCUUGCUCGUGAAUGCACUGAUGAGCCUGUUUGUAACUUGUGCAAUGUUGCAGGCCACGUUGCCAGGUCAUGCCCAAAGGCUGACAUUCUCGGAGAUCGGGGCAGUGGCGUUGGUGGAGGAGGUGGUCGUUUUGGUGGUUUUGGGGGUGGUGGAGGAGGAAGUCGUUACGGUGGUUUUGGUGGUGGUGGGGGUGGAGGAUAUCCAAUGGGCGGUGGUGGUGGCUAUCGUGAUAUUAUUUGCCGGAGCUGUGGCCAGAUGGGACAUAUGAGCAGAGAUUGCAUGGGUGGUCCUACUAUGGUUAUCUGUCACACCUGCGGUGGUCGAGGACAUAUGUCUUACGAAUGCCCUUCAGGAAGAAUCAUGGAUCGCAUGCCAAGAAGGUACUGAAAUCCUUGUGAAAGACAGUUUUUCAGGAACUCAGGGAGCAGUUCUUGAACAGAGAGUUUGUAUCUUUUGCUAUUUGUAUGUCAUUAAAGUUUUUGUUUUGUUUUCAGACUCCAUGUUGAGAUACUCCAGAAUGAUGCAUUGCGUGACUUGUCUAGUUUUUGUAUUUCAUGUUGAGAAACUCCAGAAUGAUAUGUUAUAUGGUUGGAUUUAGAUUUAUUUUAGUUUUGUAUUUGAAACUGUUUUUGAUGCAAACUAAAGAAAACGCAGAUCUUGUUUUAGUAUAGUUUGAGGAGACGUGGGCUAUGUUCUUAUAUAUGAAUAAAUCAAGUUUUAUUGAUCUGGCUUCAGAAGUUGGUUCUUAUUUAAAA